UAAUUUAGAACAAGUUGUAUCAUUAAAUUCGGGUGACGAAAUUGCUGUUAUUCCGCCAAUAAGUGGUGGCUAAAAAGUUGAAGUUGUUAAGUCAUAAAAACGUUAAAGCAAUCAGAAUUAAAACCAGAAUGGAUUCUAGUUUGGAUUUAAUUCAGUUGACACCAAACAAACUAGAUGUUGGCACUAUCAGUGAUCUGGUAGCUGAUGAUAGUUGCGGUGCGAUUUCCUUAUUUGUUGGAACAACGAGAGAUAAUUUUGAAGAUAAGAAGGUUCUUACACUUGAAUAUGUUGCCUAUGAACCGAUGGCGCUCAAAAUGAUGAAGCAAAUCUGCGACAACAUACGCAAUAAAUGGGAUGAUGUUUUCAAAAUUGCUAUCUAUCAUCGUCUGGGCUUAGUUCCAGUCAAAGAAGCCAGUGUUGUAAUUGCAAUUUCAUCGCCACAUCGCCAAACAAGCUUAGAUUCUGUGCAAUUUGCCAUCGAAGAACUUAAAAAAACCGUUCCCAUUUGGAAAAAAGAAAAAUACGAAGCAAACGAAUCAGCCUGGAAGGAAAACAAAGAAUGUCCGGAUGUUCCGAGAAAAUUAAAACGAAAUCGAUUGGACUUUGAUGAUUGCCAAGUGGAAAUAGAUCAGGUUUCUCAAAAUCUAGUUCAAAUCUCAGCUGAUGAAAAAGAAAUCAUCCGAAGGAUUCAGUGUUUUGUCGAAAAGAAACGUGAAGAAAUAGAUUUAAAUAAUAUUCGAGACUUUACUACAACAAAUACGAGGGUAAACGAUGAGGCAAUUAAAGAAGAGUCUGAAGAAGUUUUCUCUUGUGCCAGGACAAAUGGCAUUGUUAUAAAGCAAGUGGAUUCCAAGGGCCAUUUAAGAGUUCGUCGAGUUAAAAACCGCAUUGGACCACAAAUCAAACCCGAUUAUCUUCAGCAACUUGAUAAAUUGAUGGCAAAUGAAUCAGGAAAGAAAAUGCGAAUAAAAGAAGAAAUAGUUGAACAAGAAGAAGAAGAGGAAGAACACACAGGUCUGAAUAAUAUGCCAUUAGGUCUGAGAGAACGAUUGCAAAAUGUUGAGAAUCAUUUGAAUAUGGGUCCUAUUAAUCCAAAGCAUGUUUUUGAAAGGAUCAAAGCGAUCGAAGAUAAGAUUUUGUAUUUGGAAUCACUCUCCCCUGAAUACAAACAUUUUUUGAUGGAAAAACCAACCUAUGUUCCAGAAAUGCCGAAGCCUUUUAAGAAAAAAGUGUUUUCGGUUGAUGAAAUUGAUUCGUUGAUAGAUGAAGUUAAAUCGGAACUCGAGGAUCGAAAAGACAUGGUUUUUGGAUAAAAGUUAUUUUUUUUAAAUGGAUGUGUUGUUUAUAAAAUUAGUACAUAUAUUCUGAAUGGUAUAUUUCAAAAAUAAAGUAUUUUUGAGUCCUGACGAA